AUGUCUUGUCAUGCGACCACGACUGUACGAAGAGGAUUCGUCAAGCUGAGCCAGGAUCUCGAACCACCAUUCAAGGCACCCGGCAUCGAGUUCAUCCAUGGCAGCAUCGUUGAUAUCGAUGUCCACUCCCACACAGUUUCUUAUAGGUCCAGCGCAGGCACAGAGAAUCUUGCCUCAUAUGACCGUCUCAUUCUUGCAGCUGGAAGCUCGGUUGUUCGGCCAAAGCGAAUAUCUAGACUUAACCAGCAUGCGCAUGAUGUUGAUUCGUUGGAAGGCGCCGUCAAACUCGAAGUGCAUCUCGACCGCCUUGGAAGCUAUCCAUCAACCACUGCUCGCGACACUGUCGUCAGUCCGCGAGUUAUCUUGGUGGAGGCGGCGGGAGUGCUUGGUCCAGAGCUGGGACCAGGCCCUCGACCUGUCAUCACCCAAGCACUAGAAGAGCUUGGCAUAGAACUCAGACUCGCCUCGCCUAUUACAACGGUCGACCCAGGGACCGCGGGAGUGCGGGCAACGCCUUUGACGCAGAAGAUCCCUGGGCCCAAGGAUAAGCUAUCGCGCCUUCAGGUCUACUGCUGCCUGCGUGUUACAUCAUCAGAGCACGUCUUUGCCACUGGAGAUGCUGCUUGUGCUGUCUCUGACAGAGAUGAGCACUAUGCGUUGAUGUCCUGCCAGCACACUCUUCAGCUUGGCCGUGUUUCGGGAUACAAUGCCGCCGCAGACAUCCUGGGAGUUCCCCUCUUCGAGUACAAACAGGGAUGCUAUAACUAUUGUCUUGAUCUUGGCGCAUGGGGAGCUGUCAUUACGGGCGGUUGGGAAAGAAAAGUAUGGCUUACGGGGGAGCUGGCAAAACAGGCCAAAGUGUACAUCAAUCAGACGUUGAUAUACACGCCUGAAGACUGUCAUCGGACGCUGGAAGCGGCUACUCCCGUCGGACCUGACUCUGACGAGUUAUUCGAGCAGAUCGUGGAGACCGCUUAA